AUGUCAAAGCAAAAAGAUAGAAGAUCAAAUAACCCUUAUAUCCCAAAAUAUAUAGCAUCGCGGCCAUGGUAUCAAGAGAAUCAGAAUUCCGCUGUAACGGUGAAUGAGGAAGAGAUAGCUAGUGGAACCGAUGGAGCCAAUAAAGCCAAGGCAGUUGAGGGAGCCCGUGAAUUGGAAGAAACGGAAAUGAAAUACGAGCAUAAAAAAGCAGAUGAACAAGAUUAUCUUUCGCAUCAUCGAAAGUCAGGAGGAAUAGUUGAUUACAGUUUGGCACGAGAGGGGCUGGGGAUUAAUGACGAGUUUGACGGAACUAUCAGGAAAGGGACAGAGACAGAUGAUUACGACACCAAGAGAGAUCGAUGGUAUGGUUAUUCGACAGAGGAAUGGCUUGAGCAGGUGAAGAAAUGGAGAAAGAAUAAUACAACUGAUAAUGAUGCUCAUGUAAACAACAACGACUCUGAUGAUACAGAUUAUGAGUUGGAGUUGUACGAACUUGGCUUGGACCGAGACGAAGUGAUGAGCAAUCGCACCAAACAAGAUCCAAUGGAGAAGAUGCUACGUGAUAGACAAGAUGUUCCAGCAUAUAUUCAUAAGAUCAAUAGUCGUAAAGAUGGAAAGAUAACUCUUGAUUUUGAUUAUGAUCCCAAAACUAAACGAAAAGUGAAUAUUCCCGAAGGGUUUGUUAAUGAUCAAACCCAGUUUGUGAAAAAGAUGAGCGGUGAAGCUCAGAAAUUGAGUACUUUGCAACAAUUUGCUUGGGAAUUGGACAAAAAAGAUUUGGAGUCGAGAAGGAUUCAGGAUUUGAUGAAUAGCGAGGGUACUACCAGAGCAACGGAUUUGGGUAAUAGUCUUGAAGCUAGUCCAACUUUGAUGAUGAUGAAGGCAAAGCAAGCAGAGGAAGCUGCUAAGGAGAGAUCCAUUGCCAAGAGAAAGAAAUUACUCGAAAUGUAUUCAAAUGAUUAA